UCCAGUCUCUCAUUCUCGUCCUUGGAUUGGCCGCGAGACAUUUAUCCGCUGUCCUUAGGCCUGCGCGAUGCAAGACGAGAGAAAGGGAGGGGCGUCGGCGGGCAAGAUGGAGGCGACUACGGCCGGUGUGGGCCGGCUAGAGGAAGAGGCGUUGCGGCGAAAGGAACGGCUGAAGGCCCUACGGGAGAAAACCGGCCGCAAGGACAAGGAAGAUGGGGAGCCAAGGACCAAGCAUCUCAGAGAAGAGGAGGAAGAAGGCGAGAAGCACAGGGAACUUAGGCUGCGGAACUAUGUCCCGGAGGAUGAGGACCUGAAGAAGAGGAGGGUGCCCCAGGCCAAACCGGUUGCAGUGGAGGAGAAGGUGAAGGAGCAGCUGGAGGCCGCCAAGCCUGAGCCCGUCAUCGAGGAGGUGGUAAGUGCCUGGGCUGCCCUGGCAUCCUCACUGCUUCUGUGUGUCCUGUUUCUCUUUGCCACCUGCUCUCCCUCUGCCCCUCAUUCCUUCUCGUCACUUCUAUUCCCUUCCCACCUGCCUCUUUGCCCUCGUCCCUCUCCUUCCUCCUUCUCUUUCUCCCAUUUCCCUCCUUCCCGAGCCUGCCCUCCCCCUUCCCUGGGGCGGCCCCUCCACCCUGAUAUGUGUCUCCUCCCUUCCCAGGACCUGGCCAACCUUGCUCCUCGGAAGCCUGACUGGGACCUCAAGAGAGAUGUGGCCAAGAAGCUGGAGAAACUAAAAAAGCGGACUCAGAGGGCCAUUGCCGAGCUGAUCCGUGAAAGGCUGAAAGGCCAGGACGACAGCCUAGCCUCUGCAGUGGAUGCUGCCACCGAACAAAAGGCCUGUGACUCUGACUGAGGCGUGCCCUGCCCCACCACUCGCCCAUCAGGCCUGUCCUGCAGGGGAUGGUCUUGGGCAGGGAUGGGGGCUCAGCUUGCCGUCACCUCCAGUCUGGCUUCUGAGCAGAGACUCCCUGCCCGUCACGUCUGAAACCCCUAUCGGUGAGGUCAGCUCCGUGUCUCCUGGGUGGCCCCUGCCAUUCUGAAUGGAGGCAGAACCAGCAACAACUCUGGGCAUGCCUGUGUCUGCCCAUGUGAAUGUAAAUAUGUCUGUAUAUAUGUAUAUAUUUUGAACUUUAAAAAAAAAAAUCUGGAAAUAGAGACAAGUAAAUCCCUGUCUGUGGCAGAAAUCUGUCAAAUAUUUCCUACUCUGGAUUUGGGCUCUACAGGGUGGAGAUGGAGUGACUGCAGAAGCGGUACUUAAUAUGUAUGAAUAAUCCCUGUGUUGGACUGGGCAUGUUAAGGCUGGAGGGGUGGGGAAUACUCAGGGCUGCCUUCUGCAGCCAUGUCCUGGCCCAGUCCAUGGUCACUGCUGGUCAUCUCAAGAUCCUUGGGUGAUAGAGACAGGGUCUGAGAAAAUCCUUUUUAACACCUCCCCCAGGCCUAGGCCUUGCAAUAGUCUGUGGAGUAGCUGGAGAGGCUCCCACCCUGGUCCUCUGGGGAUCCUUUCACAGUAUGAGAGAGACUGGGCCUUGGCAAGCCCCAACUCAGGGCCACUCCAGAUUUGAUGCUGCUGUCACUGCUUUCCCCACUCUCCCCAGCCCCAGGCAGCCCCUCUCCCUGUUCCACCAGUCAGAGCUAGACUGUGGCUCCCCUAGGACAGAAAGCCUGCAUGGGAGGGGUGGCCCAUUCUGCUAGAGACGGGGACAUUGUAGGCUGGGUUUCAGGUGUGGUCGUGGACCCUAGAUCCCCAAGGUUCUGGCUUUAGGAUAUGAGCCUCCUCUGUGGAGCUGACUCUCCAGGGUAGCAGGCUGGCUGCGUCAUCUCUGACUGCAGUACCUGUGGCCAACUGGACUUGCAUCUCCUCCAGGAUGGUUACACCCUUGAGUUUCCUUCAGGAUGUCCCCUUGAGCCUCCUGCCUCUGCCCUAAGCCGUCUAGUGUGUUCUUCCUCUCCGCAGUGUUCCAGAAACACAAUGACCCAUCUCUGGCAGACAGUGCCAAGCACUCCAGUCAUAGAGGCAGAGUGGGUUUGUGCACACAGAGACCAGUGCACUCACACAACCAAUGAAAAAACCCUUUAAGUUAAAAUUAUGCAACUAUUCUUGGAAGGUAAUUCCUGUGUGGAAAAGAAGCAGAAACUUCUAGCCGUAGGUGAGGGCUGAAGUGGUAGCUGGCCAGCUUCUGCAUUGAGUAGUAAGACCAGACCAAGACCCUGACUCCCACAUGGGACAGAAACUCUUCCAGUAUUUCCUAGGUCCAGUGGUACAUGCAGGACUGGAGCCAGGCUCCCUCUGUCCAGUUGGUAAAACUGGAGCUGGGCUGUUGUUCCUACGGAAAAAAAGGGUGAAAAGACUCCCUGCAUCUCCUGGGAUUGCAGCUGGAAACAGGAUGCAUGUCUGUAGCAGUGGAAGGACAUGGAUACCUGGUGACUGGCAACUAAGCUGCCACUCAGCAUCAGCUCUGGGACUAGAGUAGGGUUAUCCGCCAGUACGACAGUCCCGAGAGCUAUUGAAAGGUAUGCUUCUGGUUUUAUGACCCUGGGUGUUGUCCUAGAAGGAAAAACAAAGUACCAUGCAUCAUGAGUACGCAAACAAAAAUUACAAAAUACAUGAGAAAAUCCAAUGCCUUAAAGAAUGACCAGUAACACAAGUGGGAGGAUUUAUACCCAAACUUAAAUAGUAACAGCCUACAAGGUUUUAAAAAUGAGCAUUUGUUUUUACAUCAGAGAGAUAAAAGAGGGUGUGGUACCCUUAAGAACAGAGAUUAGACAUAAGAAAGAACUGAUGAUAAAUUUUGGAAAGAAAGAAUACAGCCCUUAAAAUAAGAAACUCACUAGAGAGCCAAGUAUUAACCUAUAGUCCAAGAAAGGAUUAGUAAAUUGGAAGUUAAAGCUGAGACAGUCAUACAGAAGGUGGCAGUGAGAGAGAAAGAGGGUGAGAUGGAGGGUAGCUUGAGAACCUUGUCAUACUGAUACAUGUCCUAUAGAUGACAGGAGUUCCAAGAAAAGGAAACUAGAGAAAGAAGGUACUUGAAGAAAGAAUGGCCAACAACUUCUUUUUUUUCCCGAGACAAAGUCUCACUCUGUCUUCCAGGCUGGAGUGCAGUGGCACCAUCUAGGCUCACUGCAACCUCUGUCUCCCAGGUUCAAGUUAUUCUCCUGCCUCAGCCACCCAAGUAGCUGGGAUUAUAGAUGCGUGCCACCACGUCCAGCUAAUUUUUGUAUUUUACUAGAGAUGGGGUUUCACCAUGUUGGCCAGGCUGGUCUCGACUCCUGACUUCUGGUGAUCCAUCUGCCUCGGCCUCCCAAAGUCAUGGGAGGGAUUACAGGCAUGAGCCACUGCACCCAGCCGGCCAACCACUUCUCUUUCUAGUUUCAUGGUGGAAUAGUUACCUGAACUGAUCCUCUCUUUGCAAACAGCUAAAAAUUCUAGGUAAAUAAAGAAUAACAACAAAUAUUUUAAAAAUACAGCAAUGAGCUGGCAAGAAAAUAAGGAAUACUUUGGCAGAAUGUAAAAGAGAUAGCAGAAUGCCAUAGUCUGACCUUUGCCUUGAGAGCAUUUGACAAACCAGGUGAAACUGAACAUUGUUUUUUGGGGUUCCUGAUGCCUGGGCUGAAGACAAACCAAAACCUUUGCAAAAUGAGGGCCCUAAUAGAACUCUCUAUAAAGCUGGGUCCCCAAAGGGUGACACCCUCUGUGAACUAAUAGCAAAUCUGCCCUCCUGGCUUCCCAUACAAAAAUUAAACCUUGCCACUUACUCGACUGAAAAAAAGGUCUUCCUUGAGAACUGAGCCAGCCUUCAUGUGGGUUUUUGCACAUGAGAAUCCAAGAAUUUAAGUGGUCCCACUGGUCCCAGAAUGUUGGAAGUCUCAAACACUUGAUAGAAGAAAAUGUAGAUCCUACCUGGACAAAGCUUUAUUCAUAUCGGUUCUCAAAGAAUUCUCACUUAUAAAGUUCCAAGACAUAUGAGAAUCUUAGGGCCUACUCAGUGACCCUUGAUGGACAGUGACCCUCAAGGAUCAUCCCCAAACAUGACCUGGGCCACUUCACAAUGUACCGCCUCACUGCUGCUGAGUAUGAUGGGCACAGCACCUGUCCCUCCCCACAGUGCGACUAGGAGUCUGGCCCCAUAUGGGACGAUGGCUUGCUGGGAAAUGAGCAUCAAAGGAAGGGAGCAAUAAAUUUUGAGCCAAGAGCUUUAAGUUAUUUUUAAAAUAGGAAAGAGAAAUGAACAGAUUGCAGAAAGGCUCAUCAGACAAGCAAGGUAACAGAGCCUCAGGUGCAAGAUAACCAACAUCAAAAAUAACAUGGUAGAACCAGACUUGUAAAGACUUCAGACAUCAGAAUUAUCAGCCAUGGAAUUUAGAUAUGUUUAAAAAUUAUUUAAGAACUAAAAGAUGUGAAAAUAGCAGAUUUGCAAAAGAACCAAACCAAUAUUCUGGAAAUAAAAGAUACAGUAAUCUGCCCCCCACCCCUGGCGUCUCCAGUUUCCCUUUCUGUGGUUUUAGCUACCUACCUGUUGUCAACCAUGUCCAAAACUAUCACAUGCAAUAAGAUACUUUGAGAGAGACCACGUUCACAUAAUUUUUAUUAGUGUAUAUUUUUAUAAUUUUCUCAUUAGUUAUUGUUAAUUUGUUACUGUGCCUAAUUUAUAAAUUAAACUUUAUCAUAUGUAUGUAUGUGUAAGAGAAAGCACAGUAUAUAUAGGGUUCAGUACUUGCCGCCAUUUCGGGCAUCCACUGGGGUUGGGGGUCUUGGAACAUCCCCCCACAUGGAUAAGGAAUGACUAUAUACUACUGUAGUGUAUUAUGGCAAUUAAAAACCUUGUAUCUGUGGAUUAGACAAAGGUGAAGAGAUAAUUAGUGAAUGGGAGGCUAGAUCUGAAGUUUUCCAAAAUGCAGCCCAGCAAGAUAAACAGUGAUAAUGUAAAGCAAGAGACUGAGAGACAUGGAGAAUAGAAUGAAGAGAUCCAAUGUAAAACGAUGGAGUCCCAGGUGGAAAAAAACAAAACAAAACAGUGAAAAUGAGUCAGAAGCAAUAUUUAAAAACAGUGGCUGAGAACUUUCCAGAACUUUUGAAAAUCACCAGUUCACAGAUUCAAGAAGACCACCAAGUCUCAAGGAGGUUGAUAGGAAGAAAUAUACAUCCAAAUGUUCUGUUUCUUCAUCUGGGUGAUGAUUAAGUAGGUAUUUGUACUUUAUGAAUAUUCAUUGAACUGUAUACAUGUUUUAUGCACUUUUUAAAUGUUUAUUCUAAGUAAGCAAAUUUACUUAAAAAAAAUUCCAUACUUUUCAUUGAUCAUCAGUUGCUACACACAAAUUACCCAAAACUGGGGGCUUAAAAUAACAAACACUUAUUACCUCGGUUUCUGUGGGCCAGGAAUCAGGAGUGGCUUAGCUGGGUGAGUCUGGCUUGGGGUCAGUUGGGAAGCUGCACUCAUUUGAAGGCUGGACUGGGGCUGGAGGAUCUGUUUCCAAGAUCACUCAUGGGGUUGUUGAUUGGUGGCACCUGUGCCUCGCCACAUGGACAUCUCUGUCGGCCUGAGUGUUCUCAGGAGAUGGCAGGUGGCUUUCCCAGAGUGGCAAUCCAAGAGAGAAGGCAGGAGGGAGCAUUAUGGGGCUUGCUUAUGAUCUGGCCUUGGAAGUGAUAUUCUGCUACAUUCUGUUUGUUAGAAGCAAGUCACUACACCCAGCACACACUUAGAAGAAUUAGGUUCCACUUCCUAAAGGGAGGACUGUAAGAAUUUGUGGACUUAUUUAAAAACUACUACAUACCCAAUCACGUUGUAAUAACGUGAUUAAAGAGCACAAAGACCAUGAAAAUACCUUGAAAUCAGAGAGAAAGGACAUACUACCUUUCAAGGAGCAAUGUAGCAGCAGAUAUCUCAGCUAUAACCAGUGUAAACAGGAAUGAAAGAAAGUUGUCAUCCUAGAAUUGCAUACUCAGGGAAAAUAUGAGACGUAUUUUUUUAUAGAGAUGGGGUCUCACCAUGUUGCCCAGGCUGAUCUUGAAUUCCUGAGCUCAAGUGAUCUGCCUACCUUGGCCUCUCAAAGUGCUGGGAUUACAGGCAUGAGCCACCGCACCUGGCCUGUUUUUAGACCAACAAAGUCAGGGAUUCUGUCACCCGCAGACUCUCACUAAGCGAAAAUUUAUUUUGGGGUAAUGAAAAUGUUCUAAAAGUGAUUGUGGUUGCACAAAUCUGUGAAUAUGCUGAAUAUGCCAAGAGCCAUUGAAUUGUACACUUUAAUGGGUGAACUGUAUAUGUAUAAAGUUUUU